GCAGUGCGGACGUCUCGAAUCGCUUGCGCAUUGCUAUUUGCAAUUUUGUGUUGCGUGCUUUUAGGCAGUUGAUAAAACUCACCCACACAACCAGCGAAAAAGACGUAACUUUUCGUGUCGUUUUGGGAAAACAGAUUCAAGUUUGGCGCAAAAAACAAACACCAACGGCAUAACUGAUCUCCUUAAUUAACGCGUGCGAGGAAUUCAUUUGAGUUCUGUAAAAAUGACAAAAUGACAGCAAAACGUGAUAAGGAUUACACCAAAAAUAAAUCUACAGCGGGCCUCGGAUUCUCCGCGUCAAGUUCGACCAAUGGCAGCGGCAUCAAGUCCAUUGCACUGGUGAGCUCAUCACAAAAUGUAACCUCGUCGCAGGACAUCAGCAAGCGUACCAACAAACCACUCAUGGAGAAGCGACGUCGUGCCCGCAUCAAUCAAAGCCUGGCCAUACUCAAGGCCCUCAUCUUGGAGUCCACCAAACAUCAGAAUGCCAAAAACGGCCAGGAUCAGGGACAGGCGAAGCACACAAAACUGGAGAAGGCGGACAUCUUGGAGUUAACUGUGCGACACUUUCAGCGGCAUCGCAAUCUCGAUGAUCCAACAGCUGUGAAUAAAUAUCGCGCCGGCUACACGGAUUGUGCCCGAGAAGUGGCACGUUAUUUGGCCACGCCGGAGCCGCCGCCAAUGGGCAAUAUGCCAACGCUGGCGGAACCGGGUUCGAAGGCGCGACUGCUGCGACAUCUGGAUCAAUGCAUAGCCGAGAUUGAUGUGGAAAUCUGUCCGACACACGCGACGCCAAACAACUUUGCCGAGAGUCCAAACAGCAGCAGUAACUGCUUUGAGAUUAAGAAGCAAACACAGCCCGAAGAGCAUUCUUUGGAUUACAGCAGUCAGGACUCGAAUCCAUUGGACUACAGCAAGGCGCCAGGCGAUCAGCAGCAGCAGCAACGUGUGUUGCAAGCGCCGCAGGACGAAAAUAAUAAUCGGGGUCAACAGGCAACGCCACAGACGCAACAGCAACAACAGCAGCAGCAGCAGCUGCAGCAGUUGCAAGUGCCACAAGUGACGCCACAGCCAAAUGGCAGUGCCACAGCCAUCGAGUUGGCCUACGAACACGAUGCCAGCAACAACAAGGUCGUCUGCGUCAACGUGCUCGAGCAGUACAAGCAGCAGCUGAAGGAGGGCGGCAACGGCGUGCUUGUGUUGCCGCCACACUACGUCCAACUGGCGGCAGCAUUGGGUCUGAGUGCCCAGCCCAUGGUCGAUCCCAUUGCCACGCGCACCGACUUCGAGCGUCUGAUUGAGCUGCAGCGCUUGCAGCCACAUCUCGCCGGCAAGUUGAGUCCGAACUUUGCGGGCAGCAUUGAGGCAGCGCAUGUGGCAGCUGCCGCCGCGGCUGCCUAUGCCAAUAGUGUGGCCAACAAUGCCGCCACUGUGGCCGCAGCAAACACUGUGCUCAGCGAGCGUCCCGCCUCGGUGGCCUCCUCAUCGGCAGCGGCCUCGGUGAGUUCGGGAGUCUCGGAGCUCAAGUCCGCGCCAGCCACACAGCAAUCGUCGCCACGUUCGGAGAGCGGCAUCGGUUCUAAUGAGAAUGAAACUCUGGAUGCGAGUCCACAGACGAGCAGUGCGGCCAGGCAAGCGUUGCGGCUGCGCCAGGAGGAGGAGUAUCGGGCACAGCAGCUGGUGCUGCAGCAGGGCUCCGAUGAGAGCAUGUGGCGGCCCUGGUAGAUCUCCAAACUGCAGCGGCCUUGUACAGUUCGAUGGUAUAGCUUUUAUGUACUAAGUAUAUAAGUAAAAUAUAUAGAUGGAUAUAGAUGUGGAUAUGGAUAUGGAAUAUGAAUGUUUAUGUAGACUGUGCGCAAGUUUGUUGCUUUGUUAUGACGAGGAACAUGGGAAUGAGCAGGAACAAGCUUAAUUCCCCCCGUUUAGUUUCAAACACGAAUCGGAAAAUGCAUUUUCACGUGUGCCAAUGCUAUAAAAGACUAUUGAUAAGCGAGAAAGAAAAAACUGGGACACACGAUCCCACGAUUAUAACUAUAUUGUAAUUGUAUAAUUCCACAAACACUAUUUAUGUUUUUUGUCCAGAACCUUGCGUAAAAUGUAUCAAAUACUGAAUUAAAAACUACAAUAAUGUUAACAAA